AUGAGUUGCCGCGUGACGGGGCUACCGCUUGCCCUGCUGUUUGUGCUGGUGUCCGCGCUCGCUAGCACGGACGAUCUCGAGUACUGCAACAUCGUGUACCGGAUCAACGGCAAUUCGAUCGACUUUCCCUGCCUUUCGACCAAGAACAUCUACAUCUCCGCGCAUCGCUACCAGCCACGCAAUGUGAUGCCGGUGCGGUGCCAGUACGACAAUCAACGUAUGUUGAUGGCCCUGCCAAGAUUGCGCUCGGGCGUUCCUACCACGCUUGGGCAGAUCGAUCUGAACAAACCGAACUGCUACGCGCACAUUAAGCCGUACCCUUGCUGGGCCUAUCAGGAGGAGGGCAAUUGCAACUCGCUUCAAUCCGUCAUCGAUCUGUACGUGGAUGUGAAGCGCAUCGCGUGGGUGCUGGACUCGGGCAUUACCAACUUCCUGGAGCAACCAAUCAAGCGCUGCCCGCCGAAGGUGUAUGCCUUCAACUUGAGCAAUGACAAGACGGUCAAGACGAUCGACCUGUCGGAGAUUGUGAAAUCCAGCUCGCGGCUCCAGUAUCUCGUCACUGAUUACAACGAGCUCGGCCAUCCGUUUGUCUACAUUUCCGACGGCGAUGGUGCAAUCAUUGUGCUGGACGUGAACAACAACAAGAGCUUCCGCGUGGUGCUACCGCGUGCCAUCUCUGCUGGCUGCGGCGAUUCAGAUGUGCUUUACCUGCUGCUCAUCCCGAAACCAAAGGGCCAGAGCCUGGUGAUCUUCAGCUAUCUGUGCGGCCAGAAGGUUUACUCGAUCAAGUCGGAACAUCUGCGCAGCGGCAAGGGUUCGAGCGCGAUCGUCGAGCUCGGCACCAAGCGCAAACACUCUGUCCUGCUCGGCACGGACGGUGGCAAGGGGGUGGUGCUGCGGUACCGCGGCGAGGCCGAGCUGUACCUCUGGGACAGCGAUCAGCCGUACAGGGAGUGUAACUUUGAGCUGAUUCAGAACGCGGACGAGUGCCGGCUGUCGACGCACGUGGUCGUGGGCAAGAACGAGCAUCUGCUGUCACUGUCGUCGAACUUGAGCGAUUUUCUCAACAACACGUGCGGCGUUGGUGGCGCCUCGUCCCGGUUGAAGUACGUUUGCAAGGAGUGUGACGAUGAUUGUUACUAAGCAUCGCUCAUCGGGGAGGGACUGACGCACUACUGACUACACGACUGCACUGACACUGAGACACAAACCUGACC